AUGAUCGGUCCCGACGUUGUACUGUGGGCAAAUCAGCAUAUACGACUGUCACUUCGAUUCUAUUUAGGGUCAAACGUGUGGGGAACAAUACUGCAGGUCCGCAACAACUGUGCAACUGUAACGUUGCACUACAUCAACCAGCCUCGCGUACGCACUUGUGUUGCCACGUCAGCCUCCACCUUGAAUCGUCUGUUCCAAGCGCUACCAGCUUUCGGACCGUUAGCUUUCUACAGCGUGGUGUAUCACUACUUCAACACUUCUUACGAUAUGCCUUUACCGGUCGGCCAAUCAGAUGCUCAGCCCUGCGCUACAUUGUCUGAUAGUGCCAGGAAAAAUAUGUCAGAGGUAGCAACGUCCACCUCUGCACUGCCAACAAGGCGUGGCUCCCGCAAUCCAGCAAAUAUGUUGUGGACCAAAACGACCCAACGCGAGAUCUUCAUUCAACACCUGACGAACUGGGCAUCACAUCAUGAUUCGUCCACCUACUUCCAUGGUAGUAUUAGUCUCCAUCCACAAGGCGUUAUUACAGGAGAAGUAGUGGGACUGGGCAAGUCUGUCAACUGCAUUUUGACCAGUUCAUCUUCUGCGAGUACAAGUAAAAAGGUCGUCAUCCGCCUCUUUCAGUCACAGCAGUACAGCGGUGACAGCCGACAGCAAACGCUGUCUGGUGCGGAAAGCUGGACUGGUCGCGAGAUAUGCCGAAGACGGAUGAUGGUACCCUACAACCUCAUUAUUCGCAGCGGAUCAGGUUGGGUGACAGCUUGCGAAUUCCUCAAUAAGCACUACUUUGCACAUCUCGCAAAAAUGGACGCGCAAGUAGCAAAAUCAAAUGCCCAGGCUCUAAAACGGGAUGCGCCUGUAGCUCCUCUAUCUCCUCAACGAACUACACGGAUACCCUUGAACGCCAGCAACAUCAACUGGGACUCGGCAUUCACUUUGUCCGAACAGGACAUCGCAGCUCGAGCCCCUUUAAGGCUUCUUGAAAAGGACACUGUCACGAUCAGUCCACUAUUUCGUCCUUUCCUUAGACUCCCCCUCGAACUUCAGGAUGCAAUCCUUUAUCUGGCUGUAGGAUAUACGGGCAGCAUUAGUUUCACGCACAAAAGAUGUGUGCUGGGUGUCUCGGUUGCGCCCAAACCGCCGAUUACAAUGUCGACCCUAUUCCUGAUAUCAAAGGCCGUCAACGAACACAUGGCUGCCCAUGUCUUCCGCAGCACAAAUUUCCACUUCGGCACAACAGGACUCACGAAAUUCUUGUGGCAGCUGGGGCCUCUCAAUCGCUCCAGACUCCAGCAUUUGUCACUACAUUUUGGCAGAGGCUCCCUAUUGCACUGCAUACGAUGGCUAGCGCCAGACUUGGUCUACGAACUGUUCGAGCCGCCAGUUGUAACCGAUCCUGUAAACCUAACGCAUUUCUGGCGAUGUCAGCUCCGAGAUCUGAUGGAAGAACUGAAUCUCUUGACCCUUACGAUCGAUAUCAAGGACGUUCCACUGACCGAUGUGCCUAUGCUUUUCAGGAUCCUUCAGACUGCGACAAGAAGUGUCGAGCGCAUACGGGUCAUCGACAAUCAGGUCCGGUCAGGCGCUCUCAGUGACAACUUUGCGCAAGGUCUUCCCUCUAGUUUCAGAAACAUGCCAGAAGCUACUUGGAGGGCAUUGAGUCUGAACUAUCAUGCUAAUCACAAAUAUCGCAAUUGGUACAUGAAACCUGCAUGGCAGGCUCGUGACGUGGAUCAUCGUCCAGCCCUGGAUGCAUCGAUGGACAAGGAAUGCGCGUUCUUUGAUUCUUAG